UUCGUUAAACUGAAAAUUAGAUACAAGUCAAAUACAUAACCAGGAUAAGUUUAUAUCACAUAAACCGGUUUAAUUGUGAAAUAUAUCAAUUGACCCGGUUUAAUUAUAAUUACAUAUUCACGACUCUGUAAUCAAACCCAUUAUUCUCUCAUGCCGUCCUCCUUUCUUCUUGCCGAUCACGCCAUCGUCUCUCCUUUACGCCGAUCUUAGUAACGACUCGCAAUCUCGCCGUUCUGACCAAUCUCGCCGUUCUGACCAAUCUCGCCGUUUUGACCAAUCUUGCCGUUCUGACCUUCACAAUUCAGAGAAUUUCGUUUCAAAGUGUUGUCUCUACACAUGGACAAAUCUUGGGUGUGGCUACCAAGGCUUAGCCUUGAAUAUGAAGAGGGUGCAAGGAAGUUUGUUAAUGAAUCAGCAAAGAGUUUAGGUAAUCCAGCAGAAAUGUUUUGCCCAUGUAGUGAUUGUCGGAAUCUUUGUCACCAACAAAGAGAUAUAGUUUUGGAGCAUCUAGUGAUUAGGGGAAUGGAUGAGAAGUAUAAGAGAAAUAGUUGUUGGAUUAAUCAUGGGGAUAGAAGAAAUCCGAGCUAUGUAGGUGAGUCGAGUUCUGUUGGUGAAACUUAUGAUCUGGUUAGAACUGCAAAGAAGAAUCUGAAUUCAAAAAAAAGCUACAGGAUGCUGAAACUCCUCUCUACAGUGGCUGUUUCAAAUAUACUAAAGUCUCUGCCAUUAUGGGGCUUUAUCGCAUAAAAGUGAAGAGUGGGAUGUCAGAGAACUACUUUGAUCAGCUUAUAAGGUUAAUUCAUGACAUGCUCCCAUCUGAUAAUGUGCUUCCAACAUCAAUAGGUGACGUGAAAAAGUUCUUGAAGAUGUUUGGAUUUGGUUAUGAUAUCAUUCACGCUUGCAAGAAUGAUUGUAUCCUCUACCGAAAGGAGUAUGCAGACAUGGUAAGCUGUCCACGGUGUAAAGCUUCGAGAUGGGAAAAGGAUAAGCAUACUAGUGAUGUGAAAAAUGGGAUUCCAGCUAAGGUACUUAGGUAUUUUCCGAUAAAGGACAGAUUGAAGAGGAUGUUUAGAUCAAAUAGGACUGCUGAGGAUUUACGUUGGCACUUCAGCAAUGCUAGUGUUGAUGGUACAAUGCGACACCCAGUUGACUCACUUACUUGGUCUCAAGUGAAUCGAACAUGGCCACAGUUUGCUGCUGAACCAAGAAACCUUAGGCUAGGGCUUUCAACCGAUGGCAUGAACCCAUUCUCUAUUCAAAACACCAGCUACAGUACUUGGCCUGUUUUGCUAGUUAACUACAACAUGCCUCCUACCAUGUGUAUGAAAGCAGAAAAUAUCAUGUUAUCUUUAUUGAUUCCUGGGCCUACUGCACCGAGUAAUAACAUUGAUGUUUAUUUAGCUCCAUUGAUUGAUGAUUUAAAGGAUUUAUGGAGUGAAGGUAUAGUGGUUUAUGACUCUUUCAUGAAGGAGAAUUUCACACUCCGAGCUAUGUUGUUAUGGAGCAUUAGUGACUAUCCAGCCUUAGGGACAGUGGCUGGAUGUAAAGUGAAAGGGAAACAAGCGUGUAAUGUAUGUGGGAAGGAUACACCACAUAGGUGGUUGAAGUUCAGUCGGAAGUAUGUGUAUUUGGGUAAUAGGAAGCGACUCAGCCCUGGGCAUCCUUACCGUCGUAGAAAAGGAUGGUUUGACAACACUAUUGAAGAAGGCACCGCAACUAGAAUCAAACAGGAGACGAAAUUCUUGAAAGUUUAAAAGACUUUAAGAAUGAUUUUGGUAGGCCAUUGGGGAAAAAAAAGAAAAGAAGUCGGAAAGAUUUGUGUGAAGAUGAGGAGAUUAUACAUGAUGAAUAUGACGAAAGUAGUGAUCAAUGGAGAUGGAAGAAGCGGUCUAUUCUGUUCGAGUUACCUUAUAGGGGAUAUGCUUGUCCGUCACAACAUUGAUGUGAUGCAUGUAGAAAAGAAUGUGUCUGAUGCCUUAUUGUCCAUUUUAAUGCAAAAUGCAAAAUCAAAGGAUGGGGUGAAAGCACGCAAAGACUUGGAAGAUAUGGGGAUUAGAAGCAAAUUACACACUCAAACACGUGGUAAAAAAACUUAUUUACCUCCAGCAUCAUUUUGGUUCUCUAAGGAGGAGAAAAAGAUAUUUUGCAAUAGGCUAUCUAAGUUUAGAGGACCUGAUGGCUAUUGUGCAAAUAUAAGCAAUUGUGUUUCUGUUGAUCCACCUGUAAUUGGUGGCUUAAAAUCUCACGAUCAUCACGUGCUUCUUCAGAAUCUAUUACCCGUUGCUUUGCGAGGUUUGCUGCCAAAAGGCCCGAGGUUUGCAAUAAGUAGAUUAUGCAACUACUUCAACCGAUUGUGUCAACGUGUUCUUGAUGCUGAAAAGCUGAUAACCUUAGAGUCUGAGCUUGUACACACAUUGUGUCAACUGGAGAGGUUCUUUCCUCCUUCACUUUUUGACAUAAUGUUUCAUCUUCCAAUACAUCUGUCUAGAGAGGCUCGUUUAGGUGGACCAGUUCACUUCAGGUGGAUGUAUCCUUUUGAGAGGUAUAUGAAAACAUUAAAGGCCUAUGUCAAAAAUUUUGCAAGGCCAGAAGCAUGCAUGGCGGAAGGAUACUUGGCUGGAGAAUGUAUGGCCUUUUGUAUGGAAUUUCUAAAAGAAUCUUUACCAGUUGAAGAACCAAUCAACCGUAAUGAAGAUAUUGAGGUUAAUCCACUCAUCCUUCAAGGCCGGCCACUACAAAAGGCUGUGGAAGUUACACUAAGUGAUAAAGAGAGAGACAUAGCUCAUCGGUAUGUUUUAAUGAACAUGGAAGUUAUGAAUCCAUAUAUUGAGUUGCAUUUAGAAGAACUAUAAGAUAAAGAUGUUAGAUUGAGACGAAAUCAAACUCUACUAUGGAAAAUUCAUUUGGAAAAAUUUCCAGAAUGGGUUAAGGACCAGAUUCCUACUAACUCAAAGGAGCAUUGCACGAAAUCUAGAUGGUUGGCAUUUGGACCAAGGAAUAUUGCACAAACAUAUAAGGGAUAUGUUAUUAAUGGCUGCAGAUUUUUAACAGAUGAUGUGAAGCGAAAGACACAGAACAGUGGAGUCGUAUAUGAAGCUUUUAGUAUGUGUAGAUCUAGUGCUCGUGAUACCAACCACAUGGCUGACAUUGUUACAUACUAUGGAGUAAUAACUGAGAUCAUAUUACUGGAUUAUCACAUGUUCCAGAUUCCAAUUUUCAGGUGUAAUUGGGCAAACAAAGGAAAUGGUGUGAAAGAAGAAGACGGGUUCACUCUUGUUAAUCUCCAUCUAAACCAAGCAGCCUUCUUAAAAGAUCCAUAUAUCCUGGCAUCACAAGCAAAACAAGUUUUUUACUCCGUAGAGGAUGACUCUUCACCUUGGUCUGUAGUUAUGAGGGCGCCGCCUAGAGGAUAUCACGAGUUAGAGACUGAAGAGAAGUUUGUUGCUGAAUCAGUUUCAAUCCAGGAAUUUGAUGAUUUGGAGGAUCAUUCUUCUGAUGAUGAGGAUUUCUGUGUUAGAAAUGAUUGUGAAGGAGUCUUAGUAAUGGAAUUAUUGUUUGUGGAGACAUCUCUCGGUGUUGUGGUCUGUGAUUCGAUUCGUCUGCAUAUCCUACAAUCGCUGGGAAUAAGGCCAUGACUAACAGCAGAGGACGAGAUCAGAGAUUGAGAGCUUCAGAUCAAUGGUGAUGAGUUUCUGGAAGAUUUGACAAAGCUCUGAAGCAUCGUCACUUUGAACAAAGGAGCAACAACAAGACUGUGAAGAACAAGACGGUUAGGUAGCUACUUUAAGUUGACAUUUAAAAUUUGUGUAAUGUUAUUUCAAUUUGGUUUUGAAUGUUUUCAAACGCAAUUGUAAUGUUUUUCAUUAAUACAAAAAAGCUUCAGAUU